AUGAAGCCCCGGGGGGCGAGCGUCAUGCACGCCUUCACUGCUCUCACUAUGCUCACGAUGGCUAAUGCUCAAACUACUUGUAACCAAGGUAUGGGAAGAGUAAUGUAUGAGAGACUACCAAACCAGCAGCUACAUGGAUUUGACGACGACGUCAUACGUGAAACAGCGCCGCCAUUUCGCGUUCUCGAAAAGUGCCAGGACCUGUGUUUACGAGAUCGCUCUGGAAACAGUUUAGUUAGAACGUGCAACUCUAUUGAUUUUCAACCUGGGGCUCGCAUUGCUGCUUUUAGUCCAGAGCCUGAGUAUGAAGAGUCUACUUGUUACUUGACUAGGGAACAGGCUGCGCCCGAGGGCAUUGGCACACUUAUGAUCGUUCCCAAUAGCGUGCAUUUUAACGAAAUUUGCUUAACAUCAAAUCGUCCUGAACGUGAAUGUCCAUCUCGCCGGUACGUUUUCGAAAGACACGCUCGUAAACGGCUGAAGCUUCCACCAUCAGAUUUAAAAGAAAUUAUGGUGGCAAAUAGAACGGAAUGUGAGGAUAAAUGCUUGGGUGAAUUCAGUUUUGUUUGUAGAUCAGCCACUUAUGAUUCCGCUUUGAGAACUUGUUCGCUAAGUAGAUUUACUCGAAGAACCCACCCAGAACUUUUGGAGGAUGACCAUAAUGCUGAUUAUUUAGAAAAUACAUGUCUUAACGCCGAACGUCGCUGUGACGGCCUUGCUGUUUUCAUUAAGGAAGAGAAUAAACGACUAGGAGGGCCUUUCGAAGCUGAUGUUUUUUCAAAUAUGACACUUGAUGAGUGUCAAGCUAUGUGUGUUCGAGCUGAAAAAUAUUUUUGCCGAUCAAUCGAGCACGAUGCAAUGACUCGACAAUGCGUCCUUUCUGAGGAAGAUUCUGUUUCUCAAAAAGACGAUGUGACUGUUAGCGCAUCGCCCACGCAUCAUUUCUACGAUCUCGUUUGUUUAGAUAAUCUCUCUCAUCGGGUGACAGCUCGCGGGACUGAGUAUCCGGAUAACAGUGUGACGUCACACCUGUUCUCGCCGGGCCGGAGACCGGACACCGCCUUCCAGAGGUACAGGAAUAGCAGAAUAACGGGAGAGUUCCACUCGGAGAUCACUGGGCGGUCGCUGAGCGAGUGCUUGGACGAAUGCCUGAGGCAAACCAGCUUUCAAUGCAGAUCAGCAGUAUACAGCGAUCGUGCCAGAACAUGCAGGCUCAGUCGAUACAAUCAAAAAGAUGGAAUGAGGUUGCUGUACGACCCAGACUUCGAUUACUAUGAAAACCUUAUGCAUCAACUAGUUAGUGGAGAGACUGACACUGGAAGCUCGGGAGGUGGAUCGAAAUCGUCUUGGGGUUCCAAUUCAUCAGGUGGUAGCAAUGGCGGAGAUCGUGACAGAUAUCCGCCAGGCGUAGACCGCUAUCCGGAUGACGAUCGCUAUUAUGAAGAUGAUCGCGAUCGUGAUCGUGAUCGUUAUCCGUCACGGCCGGACCGGUAUCCAGACGACCGCUACCCGGCCGGUCCGGACACAUACCCCGAUAGAUAUCCGGGUGAUCGAUAUCCAGCAGACAGAUAUCCGGAUGAUAGAUACCCAGAUGAUAGGUACCCUCCUGGUGUAGGUCCAGACCGCUUCCCAACGGACCGGUAUCCACCACCGUUAGACAGGUAUCCCCCAAGUGUUGAUAGAUUCCCCGCCGGAUACCCAGAUAGAGACAGAUAUCCUGACCGAGAUCGAUACCCAGUUGACAGUGGACGAUUUCCUCUAUAUGACCCACCAAACGAUAUUGGUAGAUUUCCAGCUAAUGACAGGUAUCCUGUCAGUAAAUAUCCUAUAGAUGUUUAUCCUGAAAGACUUCCCCCUGGGCGGUAUCCCAAUGAACGAUUCCCAAUGCCUGAUAGAGAUAGGUAUCCUAGACCUUGGUAUAACAGAUAUCCUGAUAGGUACGAUCAGGACCGCUACCCUGGCACAAAUGAUUGGGGUCGAUAUCCAUUCGAUCGCUACCCAGUUGGCGUAAAUCGUGAUCCCGUGCCAUUGGGCGGCGACCGAUACCCUGAUUUAUAUAAUAAAUAUCCGCCGACCGGAUCUUCUUACCCUGGCUAUGGACGUGGAGGCUAUUAUGGUUCAGAUUUUGCAGCAGGAGAUCGUUUUCCGGCCACUGACCGAUUUCCAGAUAGAGUGCGUCCUGGAGCUGACAGAUAUCCUGUAGAACCAAGACCACCGUCAUUUGGUGUAAGACGACCCUCUGAAAGACCCGGUGGUUAUCGCGGCAGCUACCCUCCAUCGGGCUUGGACAGGCCCAUUGGUGGUGGAGGUUAUGGUGGAUAUGAACCAGAUGGACCAAUUGGACCAGUUAGUGGACCUGUAAAUAUUCCAAUCGGUAAUGCUAUCGGAGGUCACAUAGGCGGGCCGAUAGGGGUUCCUAUUGGAGGUCCUAUAGGCGGGCCUAUUGGUGGACCUAUUGGGGGACCUAUUGGAGGCCCUAUUGGGGGCAGACCGCCUAUCGGUCAAAGACCAUGGCAAGGAUCGCGAUGUGAGGAGGACAGUUUUAGACAAGUUGGCCGACAAAGAAUGCAGCGGCGCUUCGUCCGGCGCUUUACAAAUGCUCAAUCACUGGCGCAUUGCCAACGGGAAUGUAUUGAGGCUAGAGAUUUCAUUUGUCGGUCAUUCAACUUUAGAGAGGUAGGUUACGGUGCAGAGCCGCGAGACAACUGUGAGCUCAGCGACCGCGACACGCGCGAACUAGACGCGGCCAAUCCUGCGCACUUCGACAAUACUGCCAAUGAGUAUGACUUCUAUGAACGAGCUUCAGGACGUAGUGCCGAAGAUUGUUUGGAUGUGUCACAAGUUUGCAAUGAAGAUGGUAUGGAGUUCACACUUCGUCUCCCCGAAGGUUUCUAUGGAAGGAUGUACACAUACGGAUUUUAUGAUAGAUGUUUCUUCCGCGGGAAUGGAGGGACUAAUAAUGUGUUGCGAAUAACUGGAGCCCAUGGAUACCCUGAAUGUGGUACUCAACGGUAUGGAGAUACUAUGACAAACAUCGUAGUGGUACAAUUCAGUGACAAUGUUCAAACUUCAAGAGACAAACGCUUCAAUUUAACCUGCCUAUUCCGAGGACCGGCUGAAGCUGUAGUUACGUCCAAUUAUAUUGGCGCUGGAUCCGGAAGUCCGAUACCAAUAGAAUAUCUGCCAGAGGAAAGUUCUCUGAAUUCAAAGGUUCGAUUAUUGAUAUUGUAUCAAGGACGGCCUACGACUACUAUAGCUGUUGGAGAUCCCCUCACAUUCAGACUGGAAGCUCAAGAUGGAUAUAAUUAUGCAACUGAUAUAUUCGCCACUAAUGUGAUCGCUAGAGACCCGUAUUCAGGAAGAUCUGUUCAACUUAUUGAUAGAGUUGGAUGCCCAGUUGAUCCAGACGUGUUCCCGGAAUUGGAUAAAGGACGUAGCGGGGAUUCAUUGGAAGCGAGAUUCAAUGCAUUCAAAAUACCUGAAUCGAACUUUUUAGUAUUUGAAGCUACAGUUAGAACUUGUCGCGAAGGCUGCCAACCGGCAUAUUGUCCAGGUCACACAGGCCGAUCUGAACCAUCAUUUGGCCGCAAACGUAGAGAAGCGAAUUCCACCGAAGUAGAAGAUACAGAAGUAAAAGUGGAAGAUGUAAAAGAAAAUAAAACAGAUAAUAUGAGUGAAGCGUCAGUAUACAAAGUGUCGUAUGAAGAGGCUACUGUAGACAAAUAUCUGAAAGACGAAGUGGAAACGCCCAGCCACGUUCGGAAAAUGAUUGAAGUAUUCGACAACCGUAACGAGUUGCUGGAGGAUUCGGCGGACUCGGCGCCGGUGGUGUCGGCGGCGGGCGUGUGCGUGGCGGCGCCGCACUACCGCGCGCUGCUCGCGGCGCUGUGCGCGCUGCUCGCGCUGCUGCUCGCCAUGCUGUGUGUCGCACUCUUUGUGUACAAGCGCUACUGGCGCGUCAUGCGCAAGAACAUAGAGGUGACGGCGCCGCGAGCCGCCGCGCCGGCGCCGCGCCCCGCGCGCCCCUCGCUCUUCUCUGCCUCGCAUUUACAUAAACCAUUCUCUUUGAGUGGAUUAGGCAGGAACUUUUCAGAUAUUGGCGAAGAGGCGGGCUCGUCCGGUCGACUGGCGAACGCUUUUGACGACGGCAGCGAACCAAUUUACACAGACCCCUCGUUGUUUGAGCGCUCCAGGUCUUUGCGGUCCUUACAUUCAUUGGAUUUGAAACCGGAUCGUCGCGAACAUCACGCU